AUGACUUUCGAAAAAAGUGUCACAACUAUCAUGAACUACUUCGUUUCCGUUGCUGUUUUGCUGCCACUUGUGUUCGCUGGUACAAUCUCAGUUUCACUUGAGAGGGACCCCCAUGCUGAACUAUUUGUGGCAUGGAAAGAAAAGUACGGCAAAGAAUACAUUUCAGGAGUAGAGGAAGUAUCCAGAUUCAACGUCUGGAAAGAGAAUAUGGAAAAAGUGAUGGAGCAUAACCUCAAAUACGACCUCGGUUUGUCCAAAUAUACCCUGGAAAUGAACAAAUUCGCCGACUUGACUUCCGAAGAGUUCGGUGCCCAGCGUCUGGGUAUGCGAAAAGCCCUCAAAGCCGGUCCAGUUAGUGGAGAACCAGUCGUUUCUGUGAAGAGUGUACCUGACAGCAUUGACUGGAGAACUUAUGGGUACGUCACUGCUGUUAAGGAUCAGGGUGCAUGUGGAAGUUGCUGGGCUUUCUCAACAACUGGAGGAAUUGAGGGGCAACAUUUCAAUGCCACAGGAACCCUGGUCAGUUUGAGUGAGCAGCAAUUAGUGGAUUGUGAUUUUACUAACUUCGGUUGUCACGGAGGAUCCAUGAGCGGAGCUGUAACAUGGUUGUCUAAAAAUGGGGGCUCGGUUUCGGAAAGUGACUAUCCUUAUAUUUCCGGAACCACCAAAGUACGUGGAUCUUGCCAAACCGGACUUUCAGUUGCUGCAACUGUUUCGAGUUAUGUUGGCCUCCCAAGCUACAGCGAAGACGCUCUGAAAUCAGCUGUGGGAACUGUGGGACCAUGCUCGAUCGCAAUUGACGCCAGUGACAUUAGCUUCCAGCUGUACAAAAAAGGGAUUUAUGAUCCUGAAAUUUGCAGUCAGUACGCUUUGGAUCAUGGAGUCUUGGCAGCAGGCUACGGAACUGAAGACGGAACUGAUUACUGGUUGGUGAAGAACAGCUGGGGGACUAAUUGGGGAGAGGCGGGAUAUAUCAAGAUGAUCAGAAACCACAACAACAAGUGCGGAGUUGCCAGUCAGGCCAUUUACCCUGUAGUUUAAACUACCCAAGAACGGUUUCAAAGAUACCGUUUGGAAACCGACAUAUCGUCAACAGCAGAAGAAACGGAUAAACUAACCGAAAAUUUUAAAGACCAAC